AUGGCACAGGGACCGAUGCAGGGGGGCAUGGGCGGUCCGAUGCCGCCAAUGGGUGGUCCGGGAAACGUCGGACCUGUGGGUCAAAUGGGAUCCGUAGGGCCAGGCGGGAACAUGGGACCCGUUGGCCUCAUGGGCCCCGUAGUCACCGUGGGUCCGAGCGGUCCCGUGAUCCCUGUCGGCCCGAACGGUCCUGUGGGUCAAGGCGGACCGAUGAACAACAUGGGCACCAUGGGUAUGGGUGGUCCGCCCGGUCAUGGCGGUCCAGGUCCUGGCGCGCCGAUGAUGGCCGGUCCAGGUGCUCAAAUCCAAAAUCCGAGUGGGCCGCCCCCGUCGUCCCAGGCAGCUGCCCAAGCCGCAGCUCAGCAGGAAGCUCAACAACGAUUCGACCAUUUCGCCCGAGUCCGGAUGCUCGUCAAUAGUCUGAAGGAAUCGCUCUCUGAUGUGGUCAGAGUUGCGGCCAUGAACAUCUACCAUACGGCAGCCGUCGACAACGGGGUCAGAGUCGCUUCCGAAGCUCCGCCGUCGAGACUUGACAAGGCGCUGGAAGAUUUCUUCAGUAUAUGCAAUCAGAUCGAAUACAGUCUGAAGACGAUUCAGGAAUGCACAAUGCAGAACAGAGAUUCACAUCAGUACCUACCGAUUCCCGUUCUCCCAACGAAACCCGAAAAUUCCACUCACCAGGACAACACGUUAUCGUUCAGUCAAUUCAUCUCAACGGUUGCUCAGGUGGCAUUCGCCAAGGAAAUUCAAGACAUUCUGGCUGAGUCCGCCAAUCGGAUACAGCAGCAACAGCAACCACCGCAAAUGUUUCAUUAA